AUGCAGCUCACCAACGCCCUUCUUGUCGGCCUCUACGCCCUGGCCUCCUCGGCCCACUAUGUGCCCAACCUCAAGAGCCACAACAUUGUCUUUGCCCGUGGUGACAAGCACCACGGUGGUGGCAAGAAUGGCGGCGGCAAGAUCGUCAGCAACAGCACUACCAACGCCGUGUCUUCGGUUGUGUCUUCGGUCGUUUCUUCGGCCAUUUCUUCAGCCGCCUCUGAGGCUGUGUCUUCUUCCUCGGUCCUGCCAAUCUCGUCAUCUGCCCCCCCUCCUGUCAACAACGCGGCUUCCAGCUCGGUUGCUGCUGUGAACGCGUCCAGCGUUGCCAACUUUGCCAACACCACAUCCUCUGCUGCUCUUAUCUCGACGUCUGCCGUGGCUGCAGCUUCCGGCGGACUGACCACUCUGACGGUCCAAACCACCAACGUCGUCACCGUCAUUUCGUGCGCCGCCACCAUUACCAACUGCCCUGCUGCCACGAACACGGCGGCCCUGUCUUCGCUCCCUGCCGAGGCCCUGACUACAGUCCUCGUGACGAACACGGUCGUGCUCACUACCACCGUCUGCCCCAUCACUGCUGUCGGCUCCAUCUCCUCGAGCGUUAUCAGCGCUUUCAGCACUGGUGCCAUCACUGGCUCCACUCUGACUUCGUCGGCUGUUGCCACUGACGCCGCUUCAUCGUUCACCACCACCAAGACUCAGGUUGUGACCUCCACCGUCACGUCCGAGAUAGUCGUUACGACGCAGAAGGUUGUGACCGUGACACUUGGCGGCGGUAACGGCCACGGUAACGGCAACGGUGGCGAAGGCACCCGCGUCGUCACCAGCACCAUCACGUCGACCUUCACCUCGACCAUGACAACCGAGGUUGUCCAGACCACCACGGUUGUCAGCUCUGGUUCCAGCUCUGGUUCAGGCUCCAGCUCUGGCUCUAGCAGCAGCUCUUCCAGCUCGAGCUCGUCCGGCUCUAGCUCCGAUUCUAGCUCCGGUUCUAGCUCCGGCAGCUCCUCUAGCUCCAGCUCGUCGUCCUCCUCGGGCUCGUCUUCCGGCUCGUCUUCGGGAUCUUCGUCUGGCUCGUCCGGUUCUUCAGGCUCGGGCAUCGAUUCUCAGGGGCAGUGCUCAAUCAUUGCCACGGUCACCGUGACCCAGGCUCCUACUACUGUCUACGUGACCGUGACCGGCGCUGCCGGCAACAACAACGCUGCCGCCACCACAACUGCGGCUGCUGGUUCCGGCAGCUCCUCCAGCUCGAGUUCGUCCAGCUCGAGUUCAUCCGGCUCAAGUUCGUCCGGCUCUAGCUCUGGCAGCUCCUCUAGCUCCUCAGGCUCGUCCUCGUCUUCUGGUAGCGAUAGCUCCAGCAACAAUGCCAGCGACGGGUCUGGCGCCGACGAGUGUUCGGCUGACUCGGUCGUCUCAUCCACCAUCACCGUGGCUGCCACCACUGCUGCUAGCUCGGCUGCCAUCACUGCUGCGCCCUCCGCCAGCGAGUCGGAGUGCUCUGCAGAUGUUGUUGUCACCCUGACCACCACUGUGUCUGCAUAA